GCGAGUAAUUUUUUCCUUAGUGGUGUUUUAAUAGGACGGAAGAUGGCAGGUAGGGACGAGGAGGAAUUCGGGAGGAAGAAGAUGAAAAUGGGGAAGGAAAUCGACGGGAAGUGGCCUACAGUAAAACCUAAGAAGGACCUGAAGGUCAAUCGCCUCAAGAGCACCCAUCUCUUUACGAUAUCAAACUUCCUCACAGCUUAUGAAGCAAAGACCUUUAUUGAAGUUGCAGAGUUGAUCGGUUUCGUCCAUCAAGGGAGCCUGGGUCCUACCAAAGGCGAAGCUUACAGAGACAAUGAUCGCAUAUCUGUUAAUGACCCCAUUCUCGCGGAAAGCCUAUGGGAGUCUGGCUUGAAUAAAGUAUUUGACGACAUCAAACUUUAUGGGAAAGCGGCUGUUGGUUUAAAUCCAAAUAUUCGAUUCUAUAGAUAUAAAGUCGGCCAGAUGUUUGGAAGGCACAUUGAUGAGAGUGUAGAGCUUGAACAAGGCGGACGAACCUACUACACUCUACUAGUUUAUCUUAGUGGCGUUUUAAGUCCAAAAGGGAAGGCCAACCUUGGCACCAAUGACUCUUCAAUGCAACCCCUGGCGGGAGGGGAGACUGUGUUUUAUGAUCAAAGACAUGGGGUUGUCGCUGAGGUUUCUCCACAUGAGGGAAUGGCUCUUCUUCAUCUUCAUGGAGCCAAGUGCAUGUUGCAUGAAGCUCGUUCUGUGACGAAGGGUAUCAAAUAUGUAUUGCGCUCUGAUGUAGCUUUUGCAUAAUAAAGGUCUGAUGCACUCUGCAUGCGAGUUUUUUAUGCAAAAAAGAAAUUGUGUAAGCUGAAGGUCAGUUACAGGGCAACUCUCCUUUGGCAGACCAUUGAGAGGAAAACAAAUAAGCCAAUCCUCUGUUUCAACUCUGCCAAUGAAGAGGCGCCCUGAAACUGGCUUCGCUUAGCCUCGCGUUCUGCUCGCCGCCUUUCUCAGGUUCUAUCUUAUACUGCAAUCUCUCUUCUUAUAAUAAAAAAUUGUCUUAUAAUAAUUUUAUAAUUAGUUUUGGAAUUAAUUACAGCCGUCUCAUCCAACUAAAUUAAAUUUAAAUGGAGGAGUAGGAGCUCGUGACAUAAUAUUUUUUCUAUUUCUUGUUUGUGCGCUUUUGGUUUUUUUAUUCAAAGAUUUACAUAAGUACCAC